UGCCUGGGUCCGCCCCUUAGUCGGGCCCCGCCCCCGUGGGCGUGGCCUGUGCCCCUACCUCUCCCCACCAAGGCGGGUAAACUCCUCCCACGGCCCGCCCCCCAGGUUCCCGAGAGACCUCCCCAAGUGUACUCGCCCGAGCCUCUUCCCUCGCGCCGCCCGGUGCCCUCGGUGUCCCCGCCGCGCUGGACCGGACAUGCUGCCCGACUGCUUGUCGGCGGAGGGCGAACAGCGCUGCCGGCGGUUGCUGGCGGGAGCCACGGCCCGGCUGCGCGCGCGGCCUGCGGCGGCCGCGGUCCUCGUACCUCUGUGCUCGGUGCGCGGGGUCCCGGCGCUCCUCUACACGCUGCGGUCCAGCCGCCUGGCCGGGAGGCACAAGGGUGACGUCAGUUUCCCAGGUGGCAAGUGUGACCCCGCUGACCGGGAUGUGGUGCACACGGCCCUGAGGGAGACGCAGGAGGAGCUGGGCCUGGCUGUGCCCGAGGAGCAGGUGUGGGGAGUCCUGCGGCCGGUGCACGACCGGGAAAAGGCCACAGUGGUGCCAGUGCUGGCCGGUGUGGGCCCGCUGGAUCCCCAGAGCCUCAGGCCCAACCCCGAGGAGGUGGAUGAAGUGUUCGCCCUGCCCCUGGCCCAUCUCCUGCAGGAGCAGAACCAAGGUUACACCCACUUCUGCCGCGGUGGCCACUUCCAGUACACGCUGCCUGUCUUCCUGCACGGGCCGCACCGGGUCUGGGGGCUCACAGCCGUCAUCACCGAGUUCACCCUGAAGCUUUUGGCCCCUGGUGUCUACCAGCCCCGCCUGGCCAGCCCGGAGCUGCCCCGGGGCUGAAGGCCUGGCCCUGAGCGGGCCCUGCCUUUGCCCUGCCAGGCCGGCUGCUCUCCAGGACUGAAUAAAGAGUCUUUCCCAACACUGUGGCAACUGCAUCUUCUGCACUGGAGCCCUGACCUUGGGCAGACUCCAUGGGACAGCUGGCCUGCUGGCUGGGGCACCUUGGGAUAAUCACGCUGUCACUUGCUAUGUGCGCAUA